AUAUUGACAUUUUAUAUUUAGGUGGCUUAUAUGCGUGAUGCACACCAAGUCUGAGGGUAUAGGGAACCACAUUUGUUUGAUCUGUAGCUAAACUGUAUAACGCAGUGACGAGCGUGAUUGGCAAUUCAAGUAUAUGAAGAUGCUCUUGGCAAAAUUGUUGUAAUAAACUCAAGUACUCACAGUGCAGUUGCUGCUGACAGAGAUUGCAAUAAUUGCUCACUGGCAGCAUGCUGCACAGCUAUUCAAGGAUCUAAGCGGUUUUCGAAAUCUGUGCAGUUAUUCCGACUCUCCUAUAAACUUCAAUGGCGACUUCCACGACGAAGAUUAAGCAGGAAAGAAUCGACGAUGAUUAUAACGAAAACGACAUCACUUCAAGUUUUGCAACGUAUCACAGGUACAGCGCGCCUCUGACGUCAUCACCCGUUGGAGCGGACAGCACAACGACUUUGUCCAGCGAAAUUCGAUCUUCAGUUCCACCUCCGCUGAAAAGAGCAAGGUUUCCUUCCAACGAGUCACCGGAUCGGCAGCAGGCUGCUGUUGCGAGUUCUACGAACGGAAUUCUCCGCUUGCCCUCCGCGUAUGAACAUUACGAAGCGACACACCCUUGCGCAACCUUACAAAGUUUAAACGAGAUGAGAUCUCGGAAACAACUUGUUGAUCUACACCUUGUGGUUGAUGGAAAGACGAUCCCGUGUCACAAGGUCGUACUGUGCGGCUGCAGCACUUUCUUCACGGAGCGACUUCUCCCGUCAACAUUGAGCAGCACGCCGCAAAAUUUCAAUGUUACCGAGACCUCAUUUUCCGUCAUGUCUCAACUGGUCGAUUUUAGUUAUACGUCGAAGAUCACGAUCACAGAUUUCAACAUAGAUCAUCUUUUGUCUGCUGCUACAAGCUUAGAGUUCGAAUCUGUGAGAAAAGCAUGUAUUGCAUUGCUGAUUCAGAAGCUGUCUUUUGACAACUGUAUCUCCAUACGAAGAUAUGCCAUGGAGCAGGGCUGCAUAGAACUUCUGGAGAGCGCAUGCAAAUUCAUUUGCGAGAAUUUCACAGAGGUUAGCCUGAGCCUAAACUUCAAAGCAAUCUCACUGAAAGAACUUCUCAGUUUCUUGUCCAACAACAACUUGAAAGUGAAGCUUGAAGAGUUGGUGAGGGUAUACGAGGCAGCGAUGACAUGGGUUCAUCAUGACGUCACCAGCAGAAAGCGCCAACUUCCCCGAAUUCUGGAACACGUCAGACUUCCGCUCGUCCAACCGCAGUUCCUUCUGGAUGUUGUUCAGUCCGAUUCUCUUAUCAAAGACAACAAGGCUUGUGAGCGGUUCUUGGAUGAAGCGAGGCGGUUUCAGCUGCUGGCUGAUCAACGACCGUUAAUGCAAACAACAAGAACACAACCUCGCACUUCGCAUUGUCUGCAGAAACGAGAAAUCCUUGUUGUGGUCGGAGGUCUCAACAAAGACAAACUAUCACUUUCUGAUUGCGUAUAUUUUGACUUCCCAGAUGUUUCACCCAAAUUUCUUGCCUCAUUUAAAGUUAAACAAACGGCAUACAGCGUGGCAACGGUGAAUAACAACAUCUUUGUGACGGGGGGUGCAUACCAACUUCCAUAUAAAGAUGUAUGGAUGUACAUACCAAGUCUUAACAGGUGGCAACAGGUUGCUCCAAUGUUAGAAGCAAGAUAUCUGCAUGCAUCUAUUGAACUCAAUGGCUGUCUCUACGUAGUCGGAGGCCACAACGGUAAAACUCGUUUGAGUUCGGUGGAAAAGUACGAUCCGGAUUCGAACACUUGGUGUGCUGUGGAGCCAAUGACUAAAUCUCUGAGUUCGACGUGUGUGGUCACGUGUGAAGGUCUUCUCUAUGGGAUUGGAGGCGCAACAGGUCCCGGCUCCAGUGAAAUCGUUGCCGACGUUCAAUGCUACAAUCCAAAAACUAAUACCUGGCAACUUCUUGCUCCCCAUCCCCACCCACAAAGGGGCGCUAUUGCGGCGAAUUUGAACGGCACGAUUUAUGUAAUGGGUCAACACGCCGGCGUCUACCGCUACAAUAAACAGGCCAACUUUUGGGUUAAACUUCGCAACACAAAUGGUGGACAUCUACACGGUGCAGCAAGCGUACACAAGGGCAAACUAUAUAUUGCAGGCGGUUUACACGGCAACAGCCAUAUAAAUGGCACUGUGGAAAUAUACGAGCCAAUCAAUGACACCUGGCAUGUUAUAAGCACACUACAUGUGCCCGUGUACGCACAGGGGUUCGUCAGCAUUUUCAAAGAUGUGACUUCGUAAAAAUGCCAAACAUUAUAUUGCGUGGACAAGAGUUUCGGUAUAUUUUCGAUAUUUUUAUUUGUGCAAUUUUUGUCUUCCUUUCUUUGUACGUCACUCUCCAAGAGGACUAAAAAAAAUUCAAGUUACCAUUAAAAAAAGCAUCACCCAAAAAGAUUGCUCCUUUAAAAGGUUUUUAUUAUGCGAUGGUGUUUAAAUAAGAUAAUUGUUUUCCGCAUACUUUAUGAGCAGUAUUUGGGAACGCCUUUUAAAGUUUCAUUUUCGUUCGAUUUCGUUCCACUUUUCACCGCUGCUGUGACGUCACAUUUUUAAAAACUUUUACAAUGGUGUUUUAAUAAAUUGUAUUAGCGU